AUUCAUCUCUCUCCACUGCGAGUGCGAGGCUAAAUCCGACGAGAGACGGCGAUGCCAAGCGGUGGUAACGGAGCCAGUAACGGAGCCGGUAACGCAGGAACAAGCGGAAACAUUCCGAUGUAUAAGCCAUACCGUCACCUGAAAACCCUAGAAGGUCACACGGCGGCGAUCUCUUGCGUCAAAUUCUCCAACGACGGGAAUCUUCUGGCUUCCGCUUCCGUCGACAAAACCAUGAUUCUCUGGUCAGCUACGAACUACUCUCUGAUUCAUCGUUACGAAGGUCACUCUAGUGGUAUCUCCGAUCUAGCUUGGUCCUCUGAUUCGCAUUACACUUGCUCUGCUUCUGAUGAUUGUACGCUUCGAAUCUGGGACGCUAGAUCUCCUUACGAGUGUCUUAAGGUUCUUAGAGGUCAUACGAAUUUCGUGUUCUGUGUUAAUUUCAAUCCUCCGUCGAAUUUGAUUGUGUCUGGAUCGUUUGAUGAGACGAUUCGGAUUUGGGAGGUGAAGACUGGGAAAUGUGUUAGGAUGAUUAAAGCUCAUUCGAUGCCGAUUUCGAGUGUGCAUUUUAAUCGAGAUGGAUCGUUGAUUGUUUCGGGAAGUCAUGAUGGUUCUUGUAAAAUUUGGGAUGCUAAGGAAGGAACUUGCUUGAAGACUCUUAUUGAUGAUAAAUCUCCAGCUGUUUCUUUCGCCAAGUUCUCGCCUAACGGGAAGUUUAUACUCGUUGCUACGCUUGAUAGUACUCUUAAGCUGUCCAACUAUGCGACGGGGAAGUUUCUGAAAGUGUACACAGGACAUACCAACAAAGUGUUCUGUAUCACAUCGGCGUUUUCUGUAACGAAUGGGAAGUACAUUGUGAGUGGAUCAGAGGACAAUUGUGUGUAUCUGUGGGAUCUUCAACAGAAAAAUAUACUGCAGAGAUUGGAAGGCCACACAGACGCAGUGAUCUCAGUGAGUUGCCAUCCGGUUCAGAACGAGAUAGCUUCAUCGGGAAAUCAUUUGGAUAAAACUAUCAGGAUUUGGAAACAGGAUGCUUGAGAAUUUCUUAGAACAUGAAUAAAUAUAUGUAAUGGAAACAACAAUAGUUUUAAGAUUGUGAAUCUUGACAGAUUUGUUGUUUGAUCUGAACA